CUAUCAUUCCUCUCCACCCUUCACACAACACUAGCAUAAAAGACCAUAUUUUUCCUCUGUUUUUUCUGUCACCCUUAUUAUAUUAUAACAACAAGGGGAGAAGAAAUUAAAAUCUUCUCCAUUUUUCAAUCUAAGAAGCUCCAUUAGGCAAUAUAAGCCCAAUGGCAGCUCCUACCUAUCUUAAUCGCUUUUCCAUCAAGAAGUUACCAAUUACUACUGUUCCAGUCCCUCUUGUUAUUCAUGGCUUAAUUGGCUUCUUUUUGUUGUACAUAAUUCUUGAUUGGGGUAAAAAAUUCUUCAAUAUCUUAUCCCAUACACAAAAAACUACAAAAUACACAGAAAAAAACAAGAACCAUACAUCUACAUCCCAAAAUUUGCCUGUUUUGCUAGUUGAUAAUAGUUUAUGCAGAGAAGAGGUAGAGAAAAUAAUGGGUAAGUUGGGAAUAUUUUGCAACCAAGAAAGUGAAAAACUUCAUGAGAGGUUCGAUAUGGACAAUUUUUGUGACUUGUUUGGAGAAGAAAAAGAAGACUAUGAUAAUAAUAAUAAUACCAUGCAGGAAUUAGGAGAAGCUUUUGAUGUAUUUGAUGAAAACAAAGAUGGUUUCAUUGAUGAAAUGGAAUUACAGAGAGUUUUAUGUGCUCUUGGAUUAAAGCAAGGUGCAGAAUUGGAGAAUUGCAGGAAAAUGAUCUUGGCUUUUGAUGUAAAUGGUGAUGGGAAGAUCGAUUUUGAGGAAUUUGUAGAAAUGAUCUAAAUUUUUGUUUACAGCAAAUUCAUAAGCUAUUGUUUUUGCAAAACAAAAAAAUUAUAAUUAUAAAUACAAACCACUGAUCCCAUUCUUUUUGUUGGA